AUGGCAGGGGACCAGAGCCUGGUGCACAGUGGCACUCAAUCGGCCUCCCCGGCCCGACGCGGGGCAGCUCCGGGCGCAGGGGGCGCCGCGCCCCGGCGGGCCGUCGGUCGGCGAGGGCAGGGGCGGCCAGCCCCGGGGGCGGCCCCUGGGCAGGGCUGGCGAGGCCCCGCUGCCCGGCGCCCCCCGGCGCCCGGGAGGCCGCGCCGGCCGGGCCGGGCCGGGCCGGGGGAGGGACAGCAGCAGGUGACGCCGGCCGGCCGCGGGGCUAUAAAUAGGGGCGCGCGUCCGCGGGGAGCGGCGGCCGGAGCGCGGGCAGGGGCCGGCGGCAGCAUGGGGUCGCGGAGGGCGCCUGGCGCGGGCGGGAGGGCCGGGGCGGGGGGUGACGGCGAGGACGACGGGCCAGUGUGGACCCCCAGCCCGGCCAGCCGCAGCUACCUGCUCAGCCUGCGGCCCGCCAUCAGCUUAUCAAGCAACCGGUUGCCUCACCCCAGCUCUGGAAGGAGCACCUUCUGCUCCAUCAUUGCUCAGCUAACAGAGGAGACCCAGCCGCUAUUUGAGACAACGCUCAAGUCCCGGGCUGUGUCCGAGGACAGCGACGUCAGGUUCACCUGCAUCGUCACAGGAUACCCAGAGCCAGAGGUGACCUGGUACAAGGAUGACACAGAGCUGGACCGUUACUGUGGCUUGCCAAAAUACGAGAUCACUCAUCAGGGCAACCGCCACACACUGCAGCUCUACAGGUGUCAAGAAGAAGAUGCCGCCAUUUACCAGGCCUCUGCCCGGAACCCCAAGGGCAUUGUGUCCUGCUCUGGGGUCCUGGAGGUGGGCACCAUGACUGAGUACAAGAUCCACCAGCGCUGGUUCGCCAAGCUGAAGCGCAAGGCUGCAGCGAAGAUGCGUGAGAUAGAGCAGAGCUGGAAGCACGGGAAGGAGGCCGUGGGAGAGGCCGACACCCUGCGCAAGCUCAGCCCCGACCGCUUCCAGCGAAAGCGGCGGCUGAAUGGGGCUGAGGUGCCAGUCCCCCCGCCCCCUACCAGGGAGGCUGAGGACGGGACCCUGGAGGCUUGGCAGGAAGGAGAGACUGAGCCUGGUCAGCACCCAGCUUUGGGCCUGAUCAACAGUUUUGCUCCUGGAGAAGUGACCACCAAUGGGGAGGCUGUCCCAGAGAAUGGGGAAGACGGGGAGCACGGCCUGUUGACGUACAUCUGUGAGGCCAUGGAGCUGGGGCCUCAGAGAGCCCCCAAAAAGGAGUCUGGGGCCAAGAAGAAAAAGAAAGAUGAGGACCCUAAGCAAGGGCCACGGAAGCCAGAGUUAGAAAAGGCAGCUCGAAGCCACCGUUCUUCUGAAAACUAUGUCCCCAGUUCAGACAAGCCUGAUUCCUGUGGGACACAGGGGCCCAUGGACACAGAGCAGGUUCAGACUCAGCCCAAAGGCAAGGCCGCACGGGGGCCUAGGUCCUCUGGAGUAGGUAGCAUCAGGAAGCCAGCCUCUGCUGUGGCCACUCAAGACCAGGCCCAGAAUGCCCCGGCCCCUGUCCCAGGCCCAGACCGCGAAAUGUACUUCUCCCUGAAAGAUUUGUAUCUGGAGAGUACCCGGGCCGUCAGGCCCCAGGGCGGGGAGGAGCCCCAGACCCCAAGCAAUAGGGCCCCUGGGGAGAUGCCCUCAAGGAAGGUACCCAGCGAGGCUGGAGGUGAGAAGGGGCCUGCUACCCCUGGCCAGCCCACGCCCUCAGCCCCCCAGCCAACUAGGCCUUUCAACAGGAAGAGAUUUGCCCCUCCGAAGCCCAAAGAGGAGCCCGCCACCAACAGCAAGCCCGACUCUUCCCAGAGUCAAGCUCCAGAACCUGGGGCACAGAGCUCAGGGAAGGCCCCGCCUCAGGCCUCUGCCGAAGUGCCCACACCCCCUGCCCGGCGGAGACACAGCACCCGGGACAGCCCCCUGCAGGGGCGAGCCAGCCACAGGACUCCAGGAGAAGUCCUGGAGUCCCAGGCAGCCAUGGCUCCUACCACGUCAGCCAGCAACAGUGCAGAUACAGUCUCUGCUGGUUGCAGCACCUCCAGAAGUCAGGGCAUCACUGAGCCCAUGGAUACAGAAACCCAGGAGGACAGGAGAAUGUCUGCCGACAGGAAAACUGUAGGCAAGAAGAAUACAGAGGCUGAUGGGAAGAUGCAGGUGGAUGGAAGGACACAGGGAGACGGAACACAAACAACCCAGAGGACACAGGCAGAGAGGAAGACACAGGUGGACGUUGUGACACGAGAACGUGAGAGGCCAGAGUCAGACAGGAGUUCCUGGGUGGAUAUGGUGGCACAGGGAAGGGUGGAGACACAGGUGGAAAGGAUGCAGGCAGAUGAGAGGACAGAGGAAGGUGGCAGGAUACAGGAAGACAAGGGGGCACAGUCAGAGGGGAGCGUACCCACAGGCAUGAAAGGUCGGUCAGAGAAGCAGUCCAGAACCAGCCUCAGGCCCCAAUUCAGAGCCCCUGAGCUCCCUUCAGAGGGUCCUAGGUCUCCUCAGAUUAUUGAAUGUUUUGAGCAGACUCCAGAAGGAGACUUUGUCCCGGAAAAACCUGGUUUCCUGCUCAGAUCUGAGGAAGCAGCAAUAAGAGGCUCUGGGAAUCACAAGGAGACUGUGGUGGGCCCCCUGGCAGGAGGCCUCACACUCCGGGCACAGCUGACUCCUGAGGGUGCUUUGGAGCAGAUGGGAGGAGAGAGAUGUCAAGGGCUGGAGUGGUCAGGUCCAGUCAAGGAUGAGCUGGAGAACGGCCUGUUCCAGCGCCCCAAGGAGGAGCAGCUGGGGGAAGUGCUGUCUGUGGAUCUGGGGGGCUGUCCUCCAGCUGGGCUGAGCCCAGAGGUGUCCACUCUGCCCUCUCCUCCUGACACUGGCCUGACCAAAAGCUCAGAGGAGGGGCUGCCCAGCAUCCCAACUUCUCAGCACCUGAGGGCGGCUGCCUUCCUGCCCUCUGGGGACCAGGACUUGCUGAGUUCUGCUCCCCAACUGCACCUGGGGCAGGGGGCCCCCACCCAGAGUCACUCACCAGAAACCACGGCAGCCAGCAGUGAGGGGGCAUGCGCCAAGGCUCCAGAUGUGGAAGGGAGGACCUCAGGCCCCCGGAGCUGUGACCCUGGCCUCAUAGAUUCCCUGAAGAACUACUUGCUUCUGCUGCUAAAGCUGUCCAGCACACAGACGAGUGGAGGGGGCACAGAGCCCCUUGGGGGAGCUGCCACUGGGGGUCUGGCGCCCUCCUCCACUCUGGUCCCCACGGUGGAAGUGGCCGGUCUGAGUCCCCGGACGUCGAGGCGCAUCCUGGAGCGCGUGGAGAACAACCAUCUGGUGCAGAGUGCGCAGACCCUGCUGCUGAGCCCCUGCACCUCCCGCCGCCUCACCGGUCUCCUAGACCGCGAGGUGCAGGCUGGCCGUCAGGCCCUGGCUGCCGCCCGGGGCCCUGGCCCCAGUCUCCUCACCGUCCCCUCCAUCGUGGUAGGCGAGGAGGAGGGCCCUGGGCUGGCCUCAGAAGGAUCCAGUGAGGGUGAGGGAGAGGCUUCUCUUGAGGGGCCUGGCCUUCUGGGGACCUCCCAAGAGAGCAGCAUGGGUGGUUUGCUGGGGGAGGCGGGGAGGCAGGCAGCCUCCGGGCAGGGCCCUCUUUCAGCAGAGAGCAGAGCCCAGGAAGCCUUCCAGGAGGAGGAGGUCCCCGGGGAGGCUCUGACAAGUCUCCCCGCAGCCACCCCUGAGGAACUGGCUCUGGGGGCCCGGAGGAAGAGAUUUCUCCCUAAGAUCAGAGCAGCAGGAGACGGGGAGGCAGCCAAGCCUGAAGAAAGGGAGAGCCCCACGGUUUCCCCCCGGGGGCCCAGGAAGGGCCUUGCACCUGGGUCCCCGGGGACUCCAGGGCGGGAGAAACGCUCCCCGACCCAGGGCAGAAAGGCAGGCCUGCUGGAGGUGCCGCGGGCAGAGGAGGAGCCGGCUGCAGCAGACCUGGGCUCCAGCCCCAAGGCCAGCGGUCCGGAUGCAGAGCCGGUCCUGGACGAAGGCAAGCAAGAUUCUCCGGCCAAGCAGAGGAAAGCCAAAGAUCUGCUCAAAGCCCCACAGGUGAUCCGGAAGAUUCGGGUGGAGCAGUUUCCUGAUGCCUCGGGCAGCCUGAAGCUCUGGUGCCAGUUUUUCAACAUUCUUAGUGACUCAGUCUUGACAUGGGCCAAGGAUCAGUGCCCAGUGGGCGAGGUGGGCAGGAGUGCAGGGGAUGAGGGGCCGGCGGCCUUGGCCAUCGUGCAGGCAUCCCCCGUAGACUGUGGCAUGUAUCGAUGCACCAUCCACAACGAGCACGGCUCGGCCUCCACGGACUUCUGCCUCAGCCCCGAGGUGCUGUCAGGAUUCAUCUCCAGAGAAGAAGGUGAAGUUGGAGAAGAGAUUGAGAUGACCCCCAUGGUGUUUGCUAAGGGUCUGGCUGACUCUGGCUGCUGGGGGGACAAGCUGUUUGGGCGCCUGGUGAGCGAGGAGCUACAAGGGGGUGGCUAUGGUUUUGGCCUUCGGAAGGCCUCCCAGGCCAAGGUCAUCUACGGGCUGGAACCCAUCUUCGAGUCAGGCCGCACGUGUGUCAUCAAGGUGUCCAGUCUGCUUAUGUUUGGACCCAGCAGUGAGACUUCUCUCUUGGGCAGAAACUAUGACGUCACCAUUCAGGGGUGCAAGAUCCAGAACAUGAGUCGGGAGUACUGCAAAAUCUUUGCGGCUGAAGCCCGGGCUGCACCAGGCUUUGGGGAAGUGCCUGAGAUCAUCCCACUGUAUCUGAUCUACCGGCCUGCAAACAACAUCCCGUAUGCCACCCUGGAGGAGGACCUGGGCAAGCCUCUGGAGUCUUACUGUUCCCGGGACUGGGGCUGUGCUGCGGGUCCAGCAGCACCUAGCAGCUCUGAGGCCAUGCAGAAAUGCCAGACCUUCCAGCACUGGCUGUAUCUGUGGACAAAUGGCAGCUUCCUUGUCACAGAUUUGGCAGGGGUUGACUGGAAGAUGACUGAUGUGCAGAUAGCUACCAAACUGCGAGGAUACCAAGGCCUCAAGGAGAGCUGCUUCCCUGCCCUGCUGGACCAGUUUGCCUCCUCCCACCAGUGUAACACCUUCUGUGAGAUGCUGGGGCUAAAACCCCUCAAGGGCCCUGAGGCUGCCCAUCCCCAAGCCAAGGCCAAAGGUUCCAAGAGUCCAUCUGCCGGCAGGAAAGGCCCCCAGCUGAGUCCUCAGACCCAGAAGAAAGGCCCCCCCAGUCCCCAGGGCACCCGGAAGAGUGCCCCAAGCUCCAAGGCCACCGCUCAGGCCUCAGAGGCAGUCGCCACCCAAUUAUUGGGACCACCUCUCAUCCAAGAGAGGGGCUCCAAGGCCCAGGGCAUGCGGUAGCCCCCACCGGAGGCUGGGGGCCUCCACCCAGCAGCAGACCAACAAGGAAGCAGUUCGAACCGAUGGAGACUUUCCCAAUACAGAACUAACCGGAGAAGGCGCACUGAAGAGGUACUACUUGGGGGCCUCGCUGAGCAGCCUCUCCUCAGUCAGCUCCUCAUCAGAUGGCUUUGGUGCGUGGCAGACAGCCCAGUGGCCUCUCCUGGUGCCAUCAUCACCCAGGGCUCCCAGGCCCCACCUCCAAGUGCCUGGAGGCCUAGGCCCUCCUUGAAGUUUACACUCGCCACUGCUGGAGGCUCCCCUGAGUCCUCUGCAUGAGUUCUGCACCCCAACCCCUUGCCCCAGCCUGACCCUGCCGUGAACGUUGUCCUCGGGGGGCCUGCAGGCCAGCAGUUACCCUCUUCCCUCUGCUUGGCCCUGAUGUCUCCCUGUCCUCAGGGCUCCAGACCUCCUCUGCUGUGUCUGGCCUGCUGACUCUCAGGGUGUCUUCUCUUCCAGCUACUUUGCCUCAUUCAUCCCAGCUUACCCUGCCACUAAUCUGCCCCUCAGCCCACAUGGGGCCCGGGGCCCUUCCAGAGCCUGUCCUGUCCUUGUGCAGUGGUCUUUGGUGACGUGUGUUCAUGCUCUUCCUCCCCUCAUCACUCAGGCACUCACUCACCUGCUUCCCAUGCUCCCUUGCACCCCGUCCCCUACCUCCACCCCCCAUCCCUGGCUUUAGCCCAACCCCAGCGUGCUGCCUGACCUUCACAGACUCUCUGCUUGUCCCCUCGCCCAAGGGCUUCCCUACUGACUCUGCACCCUACCCACCAUACCCAGGUGAGGAGCAGACCCUCUGUCCUCUCUGUCCGCCCUAGUACAUUCUUCCACUACUUCUCCCAGGCCCUCUGCCCAUGAGAUGAGAGCUGGCAUGAGGGUUGUGUCAGCAGAUAUGGUCAGAGGGAAGAUGUUGACUUUGAGGGACCUUGUGCUCCAUACUGGAAGGAGGUAGGGUCACAGUGAAUUUCACAUCCCCCCUUGACCAGGGAUGGAGGGCUGUGGCUCUUCUCCAUGGGAGAGUAUGCAUGGGAGUUCUAGGAAGGAUGCCAUCUAUCCACACACUGGGGCAGAGGGGUAUCUGUGCCUGGGAAUUAGGACCCUGCCUUCAACCAUUAGCUCUUGAUCCUGAGGCUCCAGCUCUGGGGCCUCAUAUAUGGGCUCCCAAGGAAUUGCUGUGCUUGGCCUAGCACCCUGGGUCCUUCCUGAGAGCCCCUCCUUGAGGCCUGGGAUGUGUGGGUCUGGAGCUGGCCUGCUCCCCCUUGGAAUGCAAUAAAGGCAGCAACUGUGUAUCCUGCUCGCCCUCAUCUGGUGUGGUUGUAGGUAUAUGGGGUCAGGGUCCCCUCUCUCCAGGCAGGUUCUCUGAGGGUGUCCUACAGUCCCUGGGCCCACUGGAAAAAUGAAUCCGUGUUUUGGUUCCUGGAUCGGCAUUCAGUCUCAGCUUUCUGUGGCCACAGCCAGACAGUCUGUGCUUCUUGUACAGCUGGGCUGAUGGCUGUUACCCCUUAGCAGUGUAUCUGGGGGACUUGGGCCUUUGGAAUUUCUCCUUCAUUUGGAAGAGGAAUGCAAAGGAAGGAACCCUGGAAGGAAGAGCAGAGCUGGGGGCUGGCUCUGGUCCCUCCACUGUAGCAAGACCAGCCCAGGGGACAACCAGCGUCUGCCUCUCAGCUACUCCCUGACCGUUUUCUGCUUCCCAAGCUACAGAGAGACUUCUCAUUCCCACCCCACCCCACCACCAGGCCUUUCUUUGCCUGACAUUCGCCCCUCUCCAUUUUGACAUUUCUGAUUUCUCUACCUCCUCUUGUGCUCAGGUGACUCUCCACUUUUUCCUCUUGCCCCAGUGUGCCCCCAGCUCUCCCAGCCUGCAUAUCCAGAUUGCUUUGGUGAGCGGAGAGCUGGAAUAUUGUUCAUUCAUUUGGUCAUUCAUCCAUUCAUUCAGCAGACAUAUAAUGAACAUCUACUUUAUGCCAGACCCUAAGCUGACAGCUAUUGGGAGGUAAAGAUGUUUGAGGUGGUCUCAAAAGAGACUCUUUCCAUUGGGUUUCUUAGGUUUUGAGCAACAGAAAUGGACUUGGACCAACUUAAGCAAGGAGAAAAGGUUCAUAGGAAGGAUGUUGGAGUAGCUCACAGAACCAAAGGAAUAGCUGAACAAUUGGUGUUGAGAUGGGUGGGAGCCAGGGCAGCUCCAGAACUUGCCUCCCAGAAGCUGCUGCUGUUGGCAGAUCAACAUCAACCAGCUAUUUAUUCCAGUGGGUCUCCCUCCGCUCCAGAUUCAAAUUCCUGUCCUGGAGCUCAGGGCAUCACGGAGUAGGAGAGAUGCAUUUUUCCAAAGAAUGGGAAGAAUAGUGGAGGGUGGGAGGAUAGAAAGGGCUUGGUAGGCAACAACAAAAGAUACCCUGACACACACACACACACACACUCUGUUCUUCCCAUCUGAUGUAUUAUGACUCUCCCACAUACAACCAAAAGCAAAUUCCUCUCUGCUUGGGGAGAUCUUUCAAGGUCACAUGCCAUGACUAAGCCCAGGGGUAACCAGGGCUACCCUUCUCUGAAGUCCAGUGUCACUAGUGAUACUCUUCCCUCUUUUAUCACAAUCCUGUUUUGAAAUUCUGCAACCUGUGCAUUAACUGGUAAAAUUAACUAUAUUCAGCCAAAGUUAUAUAACCCAGCAAGAAAGGAAAUGUGGGUAAAGGCUAUAGUCCAUUUUUAUAACUGGUCAUGAAAACUAGUGUUUAUGACUAGGGAUUUUUUGCCUGUUGGCGUGUUCCAAACCUUCACUUCCAAAGUCCAGCUCCUUAGUGGUCCUUCCUGUGUGGCAGGCGUUUACCACUGGACAUGACAGUACCAGGAAGCACUCUAGGAGUCCCCCAUGUCCAUCUGUAGUCCUGACCCCCUUUUACGUAGCAGCAAUCAUGUUUUCCCUUGAUACGGUUAGUCGUCCUAGCUACUCCCAUAACCACUUGUUAUGUGUCACUCAGAGGUAUAAGGAGCCUGAAAUGGCUGGGUGCCUCAGCUUCCAAGUCACUUGAAUCAUUACUGUGACUUUUUGAGGAUGUGUUUCCUUGGGGACUAAAACCUCUAUACUAGCCUGGUCCCAAACAUCAGGCAUGAAAAAGCAUUGAGACGUAGUGAUAACACGCCCCUCUCCACCCUACUUCCUAGCCUGCAGGAGAAAUUGCACCAUGAAUUGGUUGCCAGUUCAGAGCUUAUGCGGUAUCCUGUGGGGCCCAAUCCAACUUUGCAAGGUAUUGUUUCUGGUGCUGUAGAUGAGUUUUCAACAAACCAUUCACCAUACUAUCAAGCUAACAGCUUCUAGACUGUGGGGAUCCUGACAAGAUGAGUUAAUGCCAUAGGCAUCAACCCAUUACUUUACUUUUGCUGUAAAGUGUGUUCUUUGGUUGAAUGCAGUAUGUGCGGAUACCACAAUGAUGUUUACAGCACUUGGUAAUUCCAUGGAUAUUGAUGGUGGGAGAGGCAUGAGGGGUAAGGAAAGCAAAUCCAAAUUCAGAAGAGGGGCCCAUAAUUGUCAAGAUGAAUUCCUGCCCUCUUAAAGUCAUAGGUAUAGAUUGAGGAGAGCUCAGCAGUAGGGCAGGAGGAGGCAUCAUAGACGAGGGAGUAAGCAACC